AUGGAAGAUUACCAGACGAAUCCGGAGAUUUUGGGUGUGGAAUCCGACUGCCAAGUCUACAAAGCCACGCACAAAGCCACCGCCGAGGUUGUCGCGGUUAGAAAGCUGACGGCGGAAGACGGCGUCGUACCUCCCGCUCUUGUCCGCGAGAUGCUGGUCGCGCAGAAGUUUACAAAAUCUUCUCACGUGGUCAACUUCCGUCACGUCAUCCGCGACUUCAAGGACAACAAGCUUGUUUACUACGUUGUCUACGAGCACAUAGACACUGAUCUCCGCAGCUUCAUCGCCGCCAAACCGUUACCCUCCGACGUGGUCAAGAAGCUUCUCUUCCUGCUCCUCCAGGGCGUCCACGAGUGUCACUCUAAUGGCGUCCGUCACCGGAACCUGAACCCUAGUGAUUUGCUGGUCGACGAGAAACGAGGGAGGCUUAAAAUUGGGGCUGGCGUUGGUCAGUCUUUCUCUUUCUUUGGCGAGGCUUCUUCCAUGCCCGGCACGACUGUCAGUCUAUCUUACCAGUCUCCCGAGGCUUUGCUCGGAUCACACGUGUGCAGGGCUGCGGUUGACAUGUGGGCUGUUGGUUGCAUUUUUGCCGAGAUGGUGACCGGGGAGGUUCUGUUUGCCGGAAGUGGCUGUGAUCCUAAAAAUGCUGUUAAGGAGCAAUUGCGUGAGAUUUUCAGGCAGUUAGGAAAACCAACAGAGUAUGAGUGGCGAGGUGUUACUUCUUUGCCGGGUUGGGACUCCUACGAAGAAUGGGAAGGAGAAAAGAAGAAAGCUCGUUUGUUUUUGGCAGGAGAUUUGCCAAAAGAUUUACUGGUAGGUUCAGUUUCUUUAGACAAAGAUGGAGCUGAUCUUCUUUCGAAAAUGCUUACAUAUGAUCCAGCUCAAAGAAUCAGAACUAAAGCAGCAAUGAAACACCCCUACUUCGAGCGAAUGAUCAUCUAA